ACUAACAAAUAUGUUGUUCCUGGAGUUAAGACAACGCUCGGACAUGUUUGAGACGCCUGAAAACUUUGAGAAGCAAGAUAGAUUCUGGCAACCAGACUGUAUGGAAUAAUUUCAAAUGGAAUAAUUGCAAAAUGAGGCUUACGUUUCAUCUUUUGAUCAUCUUGAGUGUGGAUCUGCAUCACUUCCGGUUACAGCUGUCCGAGGCAAGUGUGCAGCAUCUCAAAUUCGCCCACCUUGGGGACUACAAGGACAAGAUCAGAACUAGCAGGAUCAUUAAGAAUGGGUCCACCAGAAGCAUGGUACAUUGUGCUCAGCUCUGUUCAGAGAUUGAAGCAUGCGUUUCUUUCUUCCACAACAAGAACACAAGACACUGUAGUCUCCAUGACGUCAUCUUUUUCAGCCCGGAUGACGGCACUGACAGUCCAGGAAUGAAGUAUUACGUUUACGAUGAAGGAGACUGCUCCUUCAGAGAGGGGUUUAUCUACAGCAGGAUCAGUAAAGCUUGCUUCAGCAUCAGGAGUAACGAUGGUUUGAAUAACUGGGCUUCAUCCAAAUCGUUUUGCAAGCUCAGGAACUUUCGACUCGCAACAGUAGAUAGCAAAGAGAAGUAUGACUACACAGUUGCGACGAUCAAACAGUCCUCUCGGUUCAAGGGAUAUGCCAACUACUACAUUGGACUCAAUGACCACGCAAAGGAAGGGAAGUUUGUAUGGGUUGACGGAACUCCUGCACAGUGGACCAAGUGGGAGAAAGGCAGGCCUUUGAAGGAUGUCAAGAGAAACUGCGUCAUCUUAGCAGGAAGCAGAACAUACAAUGGAGUGUUCUCGUUUGUGGAUAAAAGAGGUCUUGAUGCUGCCUUUCGUUGGAUAUGUGAAAAGGUUCUGCCAUGACUCAAGGAAGGCUCCAAAGAUGAUUCAUGAUGCGGACCGAUGGUAAAAUCCGUUUGAUGCAUGAAAAGGUUCUACCCUAAGACAGUAUGAGAUGCAUCAAAGCUUACAAUAGUAAUUUUCGGUGGAUCAAACAUUUCAGGCUAUGUGGGGGGUAUUGAGGAAUAAAACCAAUGUUGAUCCAACGUUAGGCUAACGUUUUUUGGCCGAAGACGUUGGGUCAAUGAUGUUAGCUAACGUUGGCUGGUUGAAUGGUUGGUUAAAUGGUUGGCAAACCUAAUUAGGAAAUCCCAGCAGCACCUUUGAAACACACCCAUUCCAGCUUUCGUAGUGUGGCAGAUAUAACUUUGUACAUAGGGAUUUUAUUAUUUUAAUGUUUUCUAUUCUGUAUAUAUAUAUUUAUCAGUAGGAUAGUUAAGAUAUAGGUCAUGUGUCCCUCAAGCCCUUAACAAACCCAAGCCAUGACAUGCUCAACUGACUGGCCAAGCUAACCCUCCAAGUUAAACCCUUUGUCUAAUAGCUUGCACUCAGUCUGCACAAAGUCACAGACAGGGACUGUUCACAUUAGGUCAGUUCAAUAUAUCUCUGUAUAUUUAUAUUAUUGCAUUCAUAUGUUGCAGUACAUUUAACUUGUUCUAUUAAAAGUCAACUAAGUGUUUGCUAUUAUCUAAAUCUCAUCCAUUAUCUAUUUACCUAAAUAUGCUAAACCAGGCUUAUUAAAUUGUAAAUACUAACAAACAGCUUUUCUAUAUCUUUACUCUUGUGUGCAUGAGAUAAGAGUUGGAAUGUGUUGCAGAACAUUCUUAUUUAAAUUCUGUUGUGGUUAGGUAUGUGUAUGCAAUAAACGGCAUAAACAUUUCAAGUAGUAUAUGAAGCGUAUAAGUGUGUUACUCUUAGUUAUGAGAGUAUAUAUAUAUUUUAUUCAGAUAUAUUCUGGAAAUAUUGCUGUGCUGGUCGGUCGACACCCCAGUCUAAUCCACAGGGUAGGCGCAUUGUUUGUAUUGCCCAUUUGAGAUUUGUAUGAUUAUGAGAUGUGUCAUACUGUUUUGUACAAUUAACUACAUGUAUAUCCAUUACUUAAGAAGUAGUAUAUACAAUGAUUGACCGCGAUCA